UACUAUCUGAAUACUGCAAAGCUUUUCUGUUGCAAUUUUCUUUUUAAAUUGAAAACAGUCAUGAAACUUUGGUGCUGGCAGCAGUUGUGCUGCUGCUGUGGCUGUGCGGCCCCUUCUCUCUGCUGUAGAUGUCUCCCAACAGCAAAGCAAUCCACUGGCACCCGUGUCAUGUAUUCACUUUACUUUCUGUUCAUUACUAUUAUUUCUCUCAUCAUGAACUCAAAAAGAAUAAAUGCUUACCUUGAAAAACAAGAAUUUUACUUUCAAGCUUGCAAAGAAGUUGAGAAAACACAUGUUAAAUGUGUUGACCUAAAUGGCAAGUUUGCUGUCUACAAGAUCUGCAGCGGGAUGGCUUGCUUCUUCUUCACCUUCAGCAUUCUAACAUUUAAGAUCAAAAACAGCUGUGAAUGUCGAGCAUUGUUGCAUAAUGGUUUCUGGCUUUUCAAAUUCUUACUUUUGCUGGUGUGCUGCUUUGGGACUUUCUACAUACCAGACAGAGAAACCGUACACAAAGUGCUUUUUUACGUUGGAGCAGUUGGAGCGCUGAUGUUUAUAAUGGUUCAGAAUAACCAGAUGGCUGCAUUUGCUCGUAAUGUAAAUGAGUUUUGGAAGGAAUUGGCAAAGAAUAACUGUCUGUGGUACAUUCCCUUGUCCAUAGUUACCUUACUUCUCGUUGUCUUUGCUUUUGGAGGAUUUGCCUUUUUGUUGAUCCUUUACUAUCAAACAGACACCAGAGCUUUUAUUUUCUUAAUCGUCAACUUAUCAUUUUGUGUUUUCCUUGUUUUCUUGUCUUUGUUUAAAAGAAGGAGUCCACAGUCAAAUCCAUUGCAGUUAGGAACAAUAUGUGCAUAUAUUUUCUACCUCACAUUUUCUUCAAUUCAGAGUCACGGCAUCACAAUAAAAGAACCUGAUGUCUCACAGAAAGACUACGCAUCAAAUCUACAUAAGACGUGGGAGAAAUACCUUGAGUAUUUUGACUCAUCUACGCAAGAAACCAUGGUUAAGACAGUGGGCAGCCUGAUAAUGUUUGCCUGUGUUUUGCUCUUGUGUGUAAACACGGCAGCACAAGAGAAACAAAUGAAAGGCAUUCUUUCCCCUACAUUUGCAGUAAGUAGAAAGCAAAAAAAAAAGCAUCAUGCUAUAUGUGUUGGCAUCGCUUAG